CGUACAGAUACAAAGCGGGGUACAUCGUAUGAAUACAAGGAGAGCCCACGUUGCAUGUUACGGAGUAGACAGACUUGGACCGCCGGUACAGGUGUGUGCGGGAUUCUGGACCAUGGUCCAGAUUCUUUGCCUCUCGUGUUUAUGCUAUGGCGCAUUAAUGGCGGUGUGUCCUUGGGUCUUCUCCUACCCCUGUGCGCAGGCGGAAAAACAAAAAGAAAAAAGUGUUUGAUGCAAAUAAGGGCAUGGAAGGGCUCACUGCUCGAGCGCUGGCGGAAGUGGCAGCCGUACUGACGGGGAGCAUAGGCGGGGGCGUCGUCGACUUCCCCCCGGAUCCAGUCUGCAGCGCAGUUCGCCGAUCUUCAGUGGCGGCGCUCCGUCUGUGGGCUCUGCGCAUAAUGAGGGGAGCGAGGUGUGGGGCUGGCCUGCCAGAUUCGUCAGUGGCCGUUCAGGAUAGUUGCGGUGAUGCCGGGGCGGAGGGCAGCGGCAACAGCGCUCCAGCGGAGUCGGCGAGUCGGCGGUCAAGCCACAUCCGAAGGCGCCGGGGUGGAUUCGAAGGGAAAACAUCUCCGUGAGAAUACACGGUCAUGUCGGUGCGAGUGUCCAGCGAUGACCAGGCUGUUGAGGACAUCGGGUAAUGGGUGGUACAUAACGGAGCAUCGAGUAAAGCACAACCAUGUCAUGACCCCUAACUGUGGUGAGAUGCUGCAUUGGCCGUCCCACAAGCACAUUGAUGUUUACACAAGGGAUCUGGCGAGGAACCUGCAGAAGAAUAACAUCAACAUCAGCAAAGUGUACAUCACAAUUGGAGGGUUCUUCGGGACGAUUGAAAAUGUGCCUUUCACGAAGAGGGUGCUUUGGAACUUGUGCGGGCAAAUAGGUUGGGACGAGCCAGAUGACGAUGUGAAGAAAACAAUUGAAGUGUUCGAGGAAGUAGGUGCAAAGGACCCUGAUAUUUUGUUCCGGGUUCAGGCUAAUGGCGAGAGCAGGAUGAAAAAUCUAAUGUGGACAACAGGGCAUAGUUGGCUAAAGUACAAGUUCUUUGGUGAUGUUGUCACCUUCGACACCACAUACCGGACAAACAUGUAUGACAUGCCAUUUGGGCUGUUUGUUCGGGUUAACAAUCAUUUUCAGAGCAUCUUGCUGGGAGGGGUGCUGCUUAGGGAUGAAGAAGUAGAAAGCUUUGAGUGGGUUUUCACGGAGUUCCUUAGGAUGAUGGGUGGUGUGGCACCGAGAACCGUAUUGACGAAUCAUUGCAGAGCUAUGGAAGUAGCUAUAAAAACGACACUUCCGGAUACAGUCCACCGGUGUUGCAAAUGGCACGUCCUAAAGAAAGCAAAAGAAAGUCUUGGUGCUUUGUAUGGCAAGAGAACUGAAUUCAGGCAAGAGUUCCACAAGGUUGUCAAGACCAUGUUAAUGGUGGAUGAGUUAGAAGAAGCUUGGGCACAUUUGAUCAAGAAAUACAACCUGAAGACCCACUCGUACAUGACUCAGCUAUUUGAAAUACGAGAGAAAUGGGUUAAGCCAUACUUCAAAGGGGUUUUCUGCGCAAAAUGUCUGGCACCCAGCAGAGUGAGAGUGCAAACCAUACGCUUAAGAAUUAUACGCCACCAGGUUCACCAAUGCAUAAGUUUGUCAGGCAAUACAUGGGGCUGCAGUUUGACCCAUCAUCUAAUGAGAGCUACGAGGAGAAGAGAACAAAAAUCGUGAUGGAUUUUUUGGGGAUGACUGAGAUCCCAGAGAAGCACAUAGUGAAGAGAUGGACAAAGGAUGCUCGUGAAAUACUACUAGAGCGCCUACAGCACUACAAGCGAGAUCAGAUUAGCUCUGCUACGCUAACUUUCAGAAAUAACAGAAUGUACGCGCAGGCACUGGAGUUAGUGAGGCUCGGAGACACAAGUGUGGAAGCUUACAAAAUUCUGAUGGGUCUGUUGAAUCAAGCACUGCUGGUGAUGACACCGUUUGCGAAGGAUGGAUUAAGACUGGAGGACCGUGUGCAGAACAAAGGCCAACCAGACGGAGCCGCGAGACAGAGAACAUGUAAUCCAGAGGCUGAUGAAGUGAAUUCCGAGCAUAGCCAUCCUUUAGCAGGUUUGGAACCGCCGGCGAAGAAGAGAAAUCCGGGAAGGCCAACGAAUGCUAGGAACAUAGCACCUUACGAAGGCAUGGCGAAGAGGAGAUUAAGGGGCACAAACGAACAACUUGCCCACAGCAAGGAGACACCCCAAAAAAUCCUAGGAAGGAGGCAAUGUGCAGCAACUGCGGCGUGGUUGGACAUAGGAAGAACGCGUGCAGACAGACCGGCCGGGCAAGGGGCUAAUGCUGAGACUGCAUAGCUUUACUAAAUAUCCUGUUGUACUUGUAACAAAAAGUGUAAACCUGUUAAUUUGUAGCUGCCUGCACGUUUAAGACUGAGCCGUCCAUGUCUUGUUAGAUCUUAACAAAAAGUGUUUCCUACGGAAACAAAGUCAAACCGACUACCCGCUAGACAGUGGAACUGAAGCAGUGCCACGCGGCUGUCGUGCGCGAGG